CGGAAAUAGCCAUUUAAGGAACUAUUCAUUUACUAUAAAAAAAAAAAAAGUGAAAGAGAUUUAUUUAUGAUCUACAUCAAAAGUAACUAGUGUCGUUAGGUUGGAAGUUAUAGUGUGGAUGAGGUCAGAGAAACGUUCUUUGUGUGUGUAUAUCCAUUGUCCUUGCAGUCACAACGGUAUUUCAAUAGCACACAAAUAAAGGGCCAAAAAAAAAACCAAGAGUAUAUAAAUAUUUUUUUCAGUGUCAUUUCUUUCUCUUUUCCCUUUUUCUCUUUGUUCAAAAAAACACAUAAUAUUAAAUGCCGACCAAGGUAACAAAACAAAAGGAACCUCCUUCAAUACAAAAGAAGCCAGUACGUCAGAGAACAAAAAGCUUAAAGGAACGCGCAUUAGAACUUGAGCUUGGUAUAACCAGUGUGCUGACGCUUUCAAUUCUAAUGGCCUAUUAUCUUGGUCUUCAUACCUUUAAAAAGUAUAUAGUUUUAUCUUACAAAAUUGCUGACAAUCAAUACGGAAAAGGAUCAGACGAUAUCUAUUAUGUCGCUUACUGGGUUGUCACCUUUACGUUCUUACGCGCCUCAACCAUGAGAUUUGUGUAUCUGCCUAUUGGAAAAUGGUGGGGCAUGGACAGGUCGAAGCGACAAAGAUUUGCAGAACAAGGAUGGAUGUUUAGCUAUUAUAUCGUCUUUUGGAGUGUUGGCAUGUACAUCAUGUAUCAUAGCCCUCAUUGGCUAAACACAUCUUUUUACUGGAUCGAUUAUCCUCAUCUCAUAAUGACGAAGCAAAUGAAAAUGUAUUAUCUGAUGCAACUCGCAUUUUGGAUACAGCAAGUGUAUACAAUUCAUGUCGAAAAGAAAAGAAAGGAUCACUUUGCAAUGGUCACUCAUCAUUUUAUCACGAUCACCUUGAUUGUCUCAAGUUAUGCUUCCAAUUUUACUCGGAUCGGAAAUGCGGUUCUUUGUUGUAUGGAUUUAUGUGAUAUUUGCCUUUCGCUUGCCAAGAUCCUAAAGUAUCUGGGAUUCACUACUGUAUGUGAUUUGGCCUUUGCCUUGUUUGCAAUCUCUUGGCCAAUCACUCGUCAUAUCCUAUUCGGUAUCAUCAUCUGGGCUACAGCUGUCGAACCUAGUCAGUAUCUUGAUAUGAAAUGGGAACCAGAAAAGGGAAAGUACUUCACACCCUUCACACAAAAACUGUAUAUUUCUGCGUUUCUAGCGCUGAAUGUCAUCAUGUUUUACUGGUUUAUCCUGAUUGUGAAUGUUAUUGUUCGUGUUCUGCAGGGCAAGAACGCAGAAGAUACCCGAAGCGAAGAUGAGGAAGAAGAUGAGGCUAUCGAGUAAGUUUGGGUAGUGAAAGACAUAAAGCAUACUGCUUACAGGUAGUAUUAUAGACUAAAGCAAGACUAGACGAUACUCAUUUAUGCUCCCGCCCCCUUUGUUCUUAAUAAACUUUGAUUCUUUUUCUCGCUCGC